AGUCUGUGUGUGUGUGUGUGCGUGUGUGUGUGUGACUGUGUCACUUUAAGACCGGCAGGCUGACUUGGUUGAAUCCACUUUAAGAUCAGAGAGCUCUAGAUUCUCCUUGCUUGCUCUUCAAAGAGCUUUUAGAUGAAAGCUUUGGACGGAGAUGGUCCUGGCUGUGCAGCAGGAGGAGAGAGGGUUGCCUGAGAGCAGAGGAAUCCAGGACCACCAUGCCCACUGAAGGAACUCUGAGACGAGACUGAGACUUUAGAACACACAGAUCGCAAUGGGAAACUCUGAGAGCCAGUACAGCAUUCAGGGGUCCAAGGGCACCAGCUUAAUCUUCCCAGGGAAACAAAAGCCCUACUCACUAAAGUUCCGCUCAAACAAAGAAGAGGUUCUAUCCCCCCAUACAUGGUGGAAAGGUGGGCCAGGGGGCUCAGGGUACAAGGCCAGGGCUGUUGGUCGAGGCUGCCUCUCCCCCCUGCAGAGGAGAGGAGAGCCGUACAUCUCCAGACACUAUGAUUACGUCACCAAGGGGGUGAAGGGCAGUCCAAACUGCCAUCUCUGGCAUGGCUCCCCAACAAGAGGCCGCUCACACCUCCCAGCUGAGAAUAGAUGCUGCCCAUAUGAGGGCAGGGGAAGCCUGUACAGUAGAGCAUCAGGGGAUCUGAACGACUAUGCUCUGAACGGACACAGGACCCUAGAGAGGAUGCGAGGAGAGGGAAAUGAGGGGCUUGAGGAGCAGAGCAGUCCCAGGGUGGUCAUCAAGAAGGAUGGUAGUCUGAGGGUGGAGUUCACCAACACUAACAGUGGUCUGCUGCUAGAUGAGGCAUCUGGGCCAGUGCAGCUGCUCAAGUUCUCCCCCACCCUGGAGUCCACCUCUAGUCUGCCUGGCAGCAGCAGGCCUGAGGCCCACCAUGGUGCUCCGCAGCCAGCCUCAACCUCCACCGCCAGGACUAGCAAGGGCAGCUCGCUGAGCUCAGAGGGCUCUUGGUACGACUCACCCUGGGGGCCCAGCGUGGAGCUCUGUGACCAGGACCAGUCCUGUUCCUCCAAUAGGUCUAUGGGAAACCGUAGGUCUGACCAGUUGGAUUCCUUUGGCCAGCAGUCUCCUCCUGUGUCCAUCUCAGAUCUCUACAGGGACCCCAGUAUGGCUGCCACCUUCCCCACAGCUAAGGACCUGUCGGCCCAGUACAGGGAAUCCCCUCUCCACUCCCAUCACAUCCAGCACCAGGCCUCCUUUGUUUCGGUCCUGGACAUGCCUGCUGAGGAGCAGUGUCCAGAGGCCCUGAGGUACUCAUCCUCUACCCUGCCCUGCCGUAAGGCCCAGCCUAAUGGAGAGGUCUCCACCCUGAAGAAGGGCACUGGCUCCGUGAGGAGCCGCAUGAGACGCCUCAGCGACUGGACUGGAAGUCUCAGCAGGAAGAAGAGGAAGACACAGGAGCCUAGGUAUAAGGACAGCAGUGAGGCCUUUGACAGUGGAGUGGACGGCCUGACAGCUGCCACCAGCUCUCCCUCCCAGGUAUUCAGCCUGUGGUACCCUGGUGGACCUGGCAAUGUUGGGGCCUCCCGGGCCCAGUCUGCAGGGGCCCUUCACCACAGCAGCGAUGCCCUCCACCAGAACAUCUAUGAGAACUUCAUGCAGGAGCUGGAGACAGGGAUGGGACAGGGCAGUAGUGGAGGAGCAGGGGGAGGUGGUGAGAGGAGAGACCCGUCUACGGGGACAGAAGGGGGGGAGAGCAGCAGUGAGUCUGCAGGCGGCUCUCUGGAGCAGCUGGACAUGCUCUUUGAAAAGGAGCAGGGGGUGGUACGGAGGGCUGGCUGGCUCUCCUUCAAACCCCUCCUCACCCUGCACAAGGACAGGAAGCUGGAGCUGGUCACACGCAGGAAGUGGAAACAGUAUUGGGUCACCCUGAAAGGUUGUACCUUGUUGUUCUAUGAGACCUAUGGUAAGGGUUCUCCAGAGCAGGAGCUGUCUCCACGCUACGCCCUGUUUGCAGAGGACUGUAUCGUCCAGGCCAUUCCUGAGCACCCCAAGAAGGAGCAUGUCUUCUGUCUCAGCAACACCUACGGAGAUGUCUACCUCUUCCAGGCUAGCAACCAGACAGACCUGGAGAACUGGGUGACAGCCAUCCACUCUGCCAGUGCCUCUCUGUUCGCUAAGCGCCAUGGCAAGGAGGACACGGUGCGUCUACUUAGGAGCCAGAUCAGAGGCCUGCUGCAGAAGGUAGACAUGGACGGUAAGAUGAAGAAGAUGGCUGAGCUGCAGCUGUCCAUCGUCAGUGAUCCCAAGAACAGGAAGGCCAUCGAGAACCAGAUCCAGCAGUGGGAGCAGAACCUGGAGAAGUUUAACAUGGACCUGUUCAGGAUGCGCUGUUACCUGGCCAGCCUGCAGGGCGGAGAGCUGCCUAACCCCAAGAGCCUGUUGGCUGCAGCCAGCCGGCCCUCCAAGACUGCCCUGGGACGCCUGAGCAUCUUCUCAGUGUCCUCCUUCCAUGCACUGGUCUGUUCCAGGGAUGAGGCCACACUGAGGAGGCACUCUGUGUCCCUGAGCCAGAGAUCACGCAACAAGAAAGGCCUCUUCUCCUCCCUCAAAGGCCUGGACAAUCUCACUAAGAGGGACCGCGAAAAGAGACCGUCUGCAGGACAGAUCUUUGAAAGUGAUGGAGGACAACCCUACUGUCUCCCACCCACUAGUUCUGAGAGACUGGACAGCCUGGCCAACCACUACUCUCUGGCUCCCCCUGAGGGCGGUCAAUGGGAGAGCAGUGGUGAAACACUGGGCUGUGUUUACAUGCCUGACAGCCACGCCGUCCAAGUGCCUAUGAGACGGGACCAUACAGUGGCUGAUGUCGUCUCCCUAGCCUGCAAGUUGACGCAGCUGGACCCUAACCUGCACUGUCUCAGACUGCACAGAUGUGUGGCCCAGAACGUAGAGGUCCGCACCCCAGCGCCCAGUGAACUCCUACAUGACCUGUUGUAUGACGAGCUAGAGGUGUUUCCAAUGAAUGUAUUCACCCUGCACAUGACGAGACCUGCCUGCACUGGAGACUUUGGCUUCGCAGUCACAGGGAACAUAGAUGGACAGAGGAACAGCCGCAUCUUUGUCAGUGAGGUUUUGCCUGAUGGACUGGCCUUCAGUGAAGGUCUGAGACCAGGUAAUGAGAUUGUGGUUCUGAACGGUCGAGGCGUGUCUACUUUGGACCUGGGUCUGAUCCAGAAGCUGUUUGCUGAGCAGACCCUCCAGCUGACCCUCAGACGGGACGCACCGCCCACCUCACCCCUGACCUCUGACCCCUCGACUCCGACCCCACUGUCCAACCAAUCACAGCUGCUGCAGGACUUCCUGGACACACACCACCAUGCCAAGUCCACUACAGAUGUGUCCUUGGUGCCAGAGGUCCUUGGUGAGUCCUUAGGCUCUGGGCUGGAGAAUGGUCUACAGCACUCCCACAGCAGCCACAGGGCCGUACAACACAGCAAGAGUGUGGAGACGGUGUGCAUGCUGUACCACACCUUCCAAGAGGGCUCCGGGGGCUUGAUGGAGGGCCACAAAGACCCCCCACACCCAGGGGCCGAGCCCACACUGCUCAGACCCUGUCCCCGACACAUGAGUGCCACCGAGAGGCUCCGCAAGGUCAUCCAGGAGCUGGUGGACACAGAGAAGUCCUAUGUCAAGGACCUGAGUUGCCUGUUUGAGAUCUACCUGAAGCCACUGCAGAACGAGACCUUCCUUACGCUGGAUGAGAUGGAUAGUCUGUUUGGCAGCCUGCCAGAGAUGCUGGACUUCCAGAGGGUGUUCCUGCAGACGCUGGAGGAGAGGAUUGCCUCUUCACCUGACUUCAGCACACUGGAAACCCCUGUGCAGUUUAAGAAGCUUCUCUUCUCUCUGGGUGGAUCCUUCCUGUACUAUGCUGAUCACUUCAAGCUCUACAGUGGCUUCUGUGCCAACCACAUCAAGGUCCAGAAAGUCCUGGAGAGAGCUAAGACUGAUUGGUCCUUUAAGGAGUUCCUGGCUGCGAGGAACCCUACGAAGCAGCACUCCUCAACCCUGGAGUCCUACCUGAUCAAGCCAGUCCAGAGAGUGUUGAAAUACCCUCUACUGCUUCGAGAGCUGGUUUCUCUCACUGACACAGACAGCGAGGAGCACUACCACCUCACAGAGGCCCUGAAGGCCAUGGAGAAAGUGGCCAGCCACAUCAAUGAGAUGCAGAAGAUCUAUGAGGACUAUGGUUCUGUGUUUGACCAGCUGGUGGCAGAGCAGAGUGGCCAUGAGGAGGUCACAGAGCUUACCAUGGGAGAAUUCCUCAUGCAUUCCUCUGUCGUCUGGCUCAACCCCCAUCCCUCUCUGGGCCGCAUGAGAAAGGACCCCGAGAUGACCGUGUUUGUGUUCAAGAAGGCAGUGAUACUUGUCUACAGGGAGAGCAACAAGCUCAAGAAGAAGAUGACCACCCCUCGCUUGGCGCACUCCCAUGGAGACCUAGACCCCUUCAAGUUCCGCUGGCUCAUCCCGCUUUCUGCACUGCAGGUCCGACUCGGCAGCACUGCAGGUACUGAGACGACCUGCAUCUGGGAGCUGAUACAUACCAAGUCUGAACUGGAGGGAAGGCCAGAGACGGUCUUCCAGCUGUGUAGCAGUGUCCCAGAAUGCAAAGUGAACAUCAUCAAGGUAAUCCGCUCCAUCCUCCGGGAGAGCGUCAGACGGAACAUGCUCCCGGCCGAGAUGGGGUGUAAGGAGCACCUCACGCCUUUACGCAGCACCCUGCCAUCCUCUGCCAGGAUAGGUCCAUCCAGAGCCUCCUGGCUGUGUAAGCAGCCCCCGCUGGAUCUCCCCACCCCAGCCAGUACACUCAAACCUGGCCAGCCUGACUCAGACGAGGGCAGCCUGAGCAGCGGCACCCACAGCUCCUCUGAUGCUCCCCCAGCUGACGGUCCCACACAGCACAAGACACUGUCUACCCAAAAGGCCUGGUCUCGGGGCGGCCAGCGGCCCUCUAGCUUCAGCUUUGUGAAGGAGUCAUACAUCCUGAGUGAUGAGGACGAUGAGUUCAGUGAGGCUAGAGAGAGUUUCCCCUCCUGUGCCAUUGAGGCCCAGUUUCUCAGUUUGAGGCUGUCAGAGGAGGCAGCUUCCUUCCGGGCGCCGGCCCCCCGCGUGCAGCCAGAGGGAGCAGAGGUGAACACCCCAGAGAGCCAGCCCAAGCUUGUUCGGGGCCACUUCUGCCCAGUGAAGAGGAAAGGUAGCAGCCAGCGGGCGCUACUGAGCCUACACAGCCGUUCCCUGGACAGCCAGACAGACCUGGCAGCCACAGACCUCAGCACUCUGCUGGAGAGAGAGUUCAGCGUACAGAGCCUCACCUCCGUGGUCAACGAGGACUGUUUCUACGAUCCUACGGACACUGGCAGUGCCUCUAACAACUCAUAGGGUCAGGAAUAGAAACAAGGAGAGGGGCCAAAGCUCUGCCCAGCGCCUUCUCCAUGCCUGUCCUAGUCCCAGGGUAUCUGUUGUGCCUCAGCCCUGAAGUUAAACUGUGUUCCUUUGAGAGCGUACAAUAGGCAUAUCCCACUUGCUUAGGUAUGCACAGGUGUAAAAGGAAAGAUGAGCUACCUUUGGCUCAGCAACAUGGUUGUCCCUCUAGAGAGAGACGAGGUGACUCAGUCCCUGAUAAUUACUGCAAUGAAUCUGCUGAGCACUAAUGUACAACUACGCUCCUGCUCUUCUGUAUAUGCCUCUGUCCAGCUCCCCUUCUCAAUAAUAUGAAUUGGCUUCCUUUACAUAGGUGAGAGUAACGUAACGAAUAGACUUUGUUCACCUUCCAGUUCAUUCAUGUCAGAGAGAAGAACGGCGAUGAGAGGAUUCCACUUUAGACUAUUGAGACCCUAAGAGCUUCACUUACACUUUCUAAAGCUCUAGAAGUCUGAGUGCAUCUAAAUCCACAGGAGAGGAUGGACAUUGAUUUUGUGACUUGCUGUACAUUGUUUGCCUAUUUAAUUAGGCAAGUCAGUUAACAAAUUCUUAUUUUCAAUGAUGGCCCAGGAACAGUGGGUUAUAACUGCCUUGUUCAGGGGCAGAACGACAGAUUUUUACCUUGUCAGCUCGGGGAUUCGAUCUUGCAACCUUUGGGUUACUAGUCCAACGCUCUAACCACUAGGCUACCUGCCGCCCCUGUAUUUGUACAUCAAGUGGAUUUUCGUUUUUAAAGCAAUGUUAAUUUAUUGAUAGUUGUAACUUUGUAUUGCUUUGCAAAAUACAUAUGGGGUUGGCUUGAAUUGAAGAAUCUGGUAUGUUUCACCUAAUGAAUGUUUUCCAGUGUAUUGAAUAAGAGUAUGGUUGUCAUCCUCCCCCAGAAGUGUCGCUUACAAUGUACACAGGCAUUGUCAAAGGAAAAGGAUUUCAUUCAAAUGUGUUGUCAACUUGCCCUGUUAGUAACUCCCAUACCUGAGUAGCUGGACUAUAACUUAAUUUGAAUCUUUGAUAUUAUUACACAUACUGACAUUGUACAGGUAGAAACGGCUGUAACUUGCAAUAAAUACUCUGGUUCCAGUGUUUCUGGGAUAUUUUGCUGUUGAGACAUCCUAUUAUCUGACACCACCACGUACCCUCCCUCUCGGUUUGCCCUCAACUCAACACCACCACGUACCCUCCCUCUCGGUUUGCCCUCAACUCAACACCACCACGUACCCUCCCUCUCGGUUUGCCCUCAACUCAACACCACCACGUACCCUCCCUCUCGGUUUGCCCUCAACUCAACACCACCACGUACCCUCCCUCUCGGUUUGCCCUCAACUCAACUGUAAACAUGCCUUUAAUGCUAGCAUACCAAUGAAUGUGAACCAUAAUGAACUGUUUUAUAAAUAAACAUUUUUAUCUGUGA